AUGAGUGCCAAGGGCGAGCGGGCAGCGUCACCAACACCCUCGGCUAAUUCUUAUUCCCAACGAGACAACGACAAAGGAAACCUGUCACUUCACGCAGAACAAAAAUCAGAUGACGAAAAGCUGGCCACCUCUAGAGACACUUCCGGUGAUGUAUCCCCAGCACCAAGCAAUGAUGGCCAAACCGAGGACGAUACGAACAUCAUCUCGUUUACGCAAGAUGAUCCCACCAAUCCGUACAACUGGUCGCGGAAGAAGAAGAUCUAUGUUGUUGUCACUGCCAUGGUGAUGGUUCUGAACAGCACAAUGGGCAGUGCUUUGCCUAGUGGGGCAACAGGCGCUACGUCCAGGUAUUACGAUGUGGAAAGCGAUGAGCUUCUGGUUCUGCCGGUGUCUAUCUAUUUGAUAGGGUAUAUCCUCGGCCCUAUGAUCUUUGCGCCGUUGAGCGAGUCAUAUGGCCGCAAAAUCGUGAUGAUCUGCACCUUCAUCAUGUUCACAAUCUUCGUCAUGGCCUGCGCCGUAGCUCCGACAUUUGCGAGCCUUGUCGUCUUCCGCAUGUUUACAGGCAUCGGUGCUUCGACGCCUGUCUCAGUUAUCGGCGGGAUAUUGGCGGACAUGUACAGUACCUCUCGAGCUCGUGGCAUGGCCAUCACAGCAUUCAUGGCAGCAACGACUUGGGGUCCGCUGCUGGGCCCACUGCUCUCGGGUUACAUCACGAUGUACAUAUCCUGGAGAUGGGUGUACUGGGUUGAGCUCAUGUUUGCUGGAGCUACGUGGCCGUUUUUGCUCUUCAUGUCCGAGACUUAUGGACCUGUCAUCCUCCGACGAAGAGCGAAGAAGCUCCGGAAGGAGACCGGGGAUCACAAGAUCAAGGCUCCCUCCGAGCUGGAGAAGCAAGAUCUGUGGGAGUUGAUCACGACCGUGCUGACAAGGCCGAUUCGGAUGAUGCUGUUCGAGGCCAUUGUGUCGUCCACUUGCUUGUUCCUUUCUCUGGAAUAUGGGAUAUUCUACAUCUUCUUCCAGGCAUUCGACCCCAUAUUCGCUGAUACGUACGGUUUCACCCCCGGCCAAGUCGGCCUCGCCUUUCUACCAAUUGGCGUAGGAUCGAUCUUCGCCGCUGCUAUAUAUUUGUGGUGGGACUACUAUCUCGAUCGAGCUCGGAACAAGCCCACACCACCUGCUUGGUCGCGGAAGGAGGAGUUCGUCCGAUUGCCGCUGGCCUGUCUUGGAGGGCCAUUGAUCGUGAUCAGCCUGUUCUGGCUGGGUUGGACAGCUCGUGCCGAUAUCCACUGGAUAGUUCCCAUCCUAGCAGUACUGCCGUUUGGGAUCGGCUUCCUACUCAUCUUCAUGGCCUUGAUCAACUACGUCGUUGACGCUUAUGAGAUCUACGCAGCCAGCGCUAUGGGCGCCACAUCAGCCGCCCGGAGUGUCUUCGGUGUCGUUCUCCCGUUCGCAUCAAGCCCGAUGUACGCGACACUUGGAGUUCCUUGGGCAUGCACUCUCUUGGGUAUCCUCUCCGCAUUGAUGUGUCUGAUACCUUUUGUGUUUAUCAAGUAUGGAGAGAAGAUCCGCAGCAAUAGCAAGUUCUGUCAGGAACUGAAGAAGAAGAAGGCUGACGGGGAGGAGAAGCAGAGAAGGCUGUGGGAGCGACAACGAAGUCGGCAGGAGCCGGACUUGGAGAAGGGAACAUAA